UCCCCACCGAGCCAGCUCAGCCGGGCCGGGAAGGAGGGAGUGGGACACAUUCUGGGAGCGCGGCGGGGAGGAGUCCUGGCGGGGUAAGUGAGGGUUGCUGCUUGGCGGUGCCAGAGCCCAGGCCCCAGAGCCUUGCUGGAGAGGAGUUGCACCGAGGAGGCAGGCCCCUCGAGGAGUGAGGCAGUGAUGGCGGACUGCUACACAGAGCUGGAGAAGGCGGUUGUCGUUUUGGUGGAAAACUUCUACAAAUAUGUGUCCAAGUACAGCCUGGUCAAGAACAAGAUCAGUAAGAGCAGCUUCCGAAAGAUGCUUCAGCACGAGCUCAACCACAUGCUGACGGACACGGGGAACCGAAAGGCUGCCGACAAGCUCAUCCAGAACCUGGACGCCAACCACGACGGACGCAUCAGCUUUGACGAGUACUGGACCUUGAUAGGAGGCAUCACCAGCCCCAUCGCCAACCUCAUCCGCGAGCAGGAGCAGCAGAACAGCAGCUAAAGAACCCCCACCAUCCCCUCAUGGCACUGCCCCAAUGCCCGGCCCCUCAUGCUCUUCCCAGCCUCCUGCCCACCCAGGCCCUGCCCUCACCUCUCCCUCCAGACCUUCUGUUGAUCAUUGCUGAACAAGGGGAGGGGGUGAUGUCAGGGCCUCUUUGUGAGCAUCUCAGUCUGGGGGUGCCUACCUCAGGGUCUCAGUCCCUGGAGCCAGCAGACGCUGGGCAUCCAGGCCCUCAGUGCUGUUUGGGUAACCUAAGCGUUUCCUCAGUCCACCUACCCUGCCAACAUCUGAUGUUCCUGCCUAAUUCUGAGUCUCUCGUGACCCCUGGAGGUCAGCUCGCUGCUCCAGGUCUUCCUGCUCCUGGCAUAAGCACCAGAGACAUCUCCCCUUCCCCUCAGCCCCUCAGCUGGGAAAGGACUUUCAGGUACUGCCCUCCAGUUAGCUGCCUCUGGGUCUGGGAAGAGAUAAGCAGGGUGGAGCCUUCUCCCUCCUCCUCAGCCCCUGAAGCAUGGCAAUAAAGGCUGGAUUUGAAAUUUGUCUCCCCCUCA